AUGGUAUUUUAUCAUAUCGCCUCAUUUUUGGGGGCACACGCGAGGAACACAAAUGCGAACAAACCUGAAUGGCUAGCACCCAAGAGGCGAGCAGUGUGGGGGCGUACUACACCCAAGAGGCGAGCAGUGUGGGGCGUACUACACCCAAGAAUCGAGCAGUGUGGGGCCGUACUACACCCAAGAGGCGAGCAGUGUGGGGCCGUACUACACCCAAGAGGCGAGCAGUGUGGGGCGUACUACACCCAAGAAUCGAGCAGUGUGGGGCGUACUACACCCAAGAAUCGAGCAGUGUGGGGCCGUACUACACCCAAGAAUCGAGCAGUGUGGGGGCCGUACUACACCCAAGAAUCGAGCAGUGUGGGGCCGUACUACACCCAAGAGGCGAGCAGUGUGGGGCCGUACUACACCCAAGAAUCGAGCAGUGUGGGGCCGUACUACACCCAAGAAUCGAGCAGUGUGGGGCCGUACUACACCCAAGAGGCGAGCAGUGUGGGGCCGUACUACACCCAAGAGGCGAGCAGUGUGGGGCCGUACUACACCCAAGAAUCGAGCAGUGUGGGGCCGUACUACACCCAAAAGGCGAGCAGUGUGGGGCCGUACUACACCCAAAAGGCGAGCAGUGUGGGGCCGUACUACACCCAAAAGGCGAGCAGUGUGGGGCCGUACUACACCCAAGAGGCGAGCAGUGUGGGGGCGUACUACACCCAAGAGGCGAGCAGUGUGGGGGCGUACUACACCCAAGAGGCGAGCAGUGUGGGGGCGUACUACACCCAAGAGGCGAGCAGUGUGGGGGGGCGUACUACACCCAAGAGGCGAGCAGUGUGGGGCCGUACUACACCCAAGAGGCGAGCAGUGUGGGGGCGUACUACACCCAAGAGGCGAGCAGUGUGGGGGCGUACUACACCCAAGAGGCGAGCAGUGUGGGGGCGUCCUACACCCAAGAGGCGAGCAGUGUGGGGGCGUCCUACACCCAAGAGGCGAGCAGUGUGGGGGCGUCCUACACCCAAGAGGCGAGCAGUGUGGGGGCGUCCUACACCCAAGAGGCGAGCAGUGUGGGGGCGUACUACACCCAAGAGGCGAGCAGUGUGCGGGCGUACUACACCCAAGAGGCGAGCAGUGUGGGGGGUCCUACACCCAAGAGGCGUGCAGUGUGGGGGCGUACUACACCCAAGAGGCGAGCAGUGUCGGGGCGUUCUACACCCAAGAGGCGAGCAGUGUGGGGGCGUACUACACCCAAGUGGCGAGCAGUGUGGGGGCGUACUACACCAAAGAGGCGAGCAGUGUGGGGGCGUACUACACCCAAGAGGCGAGCAGUGUGGGGGCGUACUACACCAAAGAGGCGAGCAGUGA